CAUGUGCUAACCUUCUAGCCUCCAUACUAGAGGCAUUCUGAGUUCAAAUUUCAAUCUGAUGGACUGUCAUUGUCAGAAAUCAGAAUUAAGUUAGGUGGUGAUUAUAUCUGGCAAAUACGUUGAUCCAUCUUCCUCGUGCUAACGUCUACAGGAUAUGUAAUAAAGAAGUUAUCAUGGAGUCAUCUGAGACUUUUAUGGAGAUGUUUAGCAAAUGGAGACAAAGGAAGAACAAUGAUGACCUAGCGAAUCUUUUUAAAUCUGGACCAUCAUAUUUUAAAAACUUAUCAUCUAGUGAAAUAGGUUUGGCGCUAUCUGAUUUUCUGAAUGACAAAACUGGACUGUUGAAUUUUCUUGCUGAUACGUCUGAUCGGCCCAUGGAGAAUUCUAUUACGGAAGGAUUCAAGCUUUUAAAAUUCAUCAUACAGCAGUUUUAUUGGUUACUUGAUCAAUAUGCAAUUGGAAUCAAGAAAGUUUGCCAAUCUGCAAUCAUCACAAAAUGUUCACAACUUAUUAAAACGGCUGGCGUCGAUUGCUUUGAAUACGUCAUUAGAAUGUUUCCCAGCCAUGAAUUGGAAUUGAGUGAAACGGUCAAAGUUUUGAUCAAUAAGUUUCAUCUAUGCAAUGACACAGAGAGAGCUAAGUACUUCAAAGCUUUGGGAUUCAUAGUAAAGUACAACCCCGGAGCUAUAUCUUCUGCGCAAUCCACCACACUUUUUGAGAGACUUAUGAAUGAUUUUGACAAACUGUAUUCCAGAUCUAAGGAAGGUUCACAACCAAGAGAUUUGGCAAUUUACCUUGAUGUUCUACAAAAUUUACUGACAAAUUUUGCUCCUCGCGAAUCACAUGAAAUAUCCUUCCGUUAUUACAAAAAAUUGUAUGGAUAUUUGAAGGAACUAAGUCAAAUCCAGCGAAAUCAAACAUUAAAAUUUGUCAGCCGAGCUGCUAUUGCUGUACUUGGAAAGCAUAUGUCUUUGUUUGAUGAUCUUAUUUAUGAGGACAUCUACUUCUGGCAUGAGACUUUAUUGAAUUGGACAAGAUUUAACGAUGAAAAUGCGACGGUUGCAUUUAUUACUUUGUCCACUUUUUACGAGAGAAUUGGUAUAAUGCUGCAAAGUAAAAACACCGAUCGUAACCGAGCAUUAUUUGAGUAUUUCAUGCAGUACUUCGAAAGAAAAAUCACCACCGAAAAUCAGGAGUCUACCACUCUACAAUUGAGCAUUCGUGGUUUUGGUUAUAUGGCCGGCCCUUGUAAAAUUUAUAAGACUGAAAAACAUGUGGUAGACAUGUUUUCACUCAUUGCUCAAAGAACAAGUGUUAUCUACUCCAAGUACGACAACUCAGCAGGUUCAUUGGAAAAUAUCGCAUAUUACCAGGUUGCGCUCUCAGAGAUAAUGCUACAAAUGUCUGACGUUUCACUCGAUCAAAUGGCUGCACUAUCAUUUGUAUCUUUGAUAUUCGUGAAAUAUUUUCCUGACUUACCUAAUACGAAACAUUUGCUAGCAGUGGAUUCAUUAAUGAAAACAAUUCAUAAUAUCAGAAAAGUAUGUAGACGCUCACACGACGAAUUCAUUCGAAAAUUAGUAUACGAAGGCAUCAUAUGGAGUUGUUCACAUUCGUUAUUUGUUGAUGCGGAGAGAGAACGUGAAAUAAAAAACUUGAAAGAGCGUCCAGUGUGCUACAAAAACUAUUUACCGUUGUGGCAGCAACUAAUCUACAGAAAUAAAAUAACAAACGAUACUGAAGCUUCCAUGAUUUCGAAGCAAAUAUCUAAUAAUAUGAUCAAGACUUGUGUCGAGCUCAUACGGAAACUGAAUUUGGAUAUUGAGAAUAUCAACAAGUCAUGUGAAAAUGAAGUAUUUGAUGUACCCGUGGCUUUAAAUGACACAGAUUUUCGAGUGUUCAUAAAUAUGGUUGAUUUAUUUGUGGACAUAAUUGAAGAAUUGGAACCAGUCUUGAUGGAAUCGCAACUGAAUUGGUUUCUCUGUGAGAUUAUAAGAAAAUCUAAGCAAAAUACGUCGGUAUCAGGAUUUUAUAAACUCACACGUGGUCUAUUAAGGUUAUGUAACUCGUCGUCUGAUACGCGCAAAGAGGAGUUAUUGAGCGAAAUGCCCAAAUUUAUAAUUCAAUAUUUAUCUGACACUAUUGAAAAAUUAUCCAGCUUUUCUGGCGAAUUACAACUUUCUUGUUUCAAUAUGAUUUUUGAGAUUCCGGCUUCUAUUGUCGAAAAUAUGCUUGACCGAUUAGUUUCUGCUUUUAAGUCAGCCUUUGGGAUUGGACAAAGUAAUUUCAAACUUGCUCAAUCUGCACUCAACACAUUGGAGACAUGGACGAAAGUAAUAAGAGGAGAGAGAAUGAACAAUUUUUUGAUUGAGUUAGUUCCUAGUUUGGAAUAUUUCCUGCAGAGUAAUGAAAGUACUCUGAAGACAUCGCAGGAAAUGAAAAAAACUAAAAAUGUAGUUCUGCUUGAUCACGAGGAAACGUCACACGAAUUUCAGAGAAGAAUUUUGUUAUUUUUUGGUUCUUUAAACUCCGAAGUAACUUCAAAUCUAGGAACUGAUCAAUCCUUCGUCAAAACAACAUUGUUGAAUAAUACAAAUUCACUCAAAUACACUCUAUUAUAUCAAGAUAUAAAACCCGAAAUUUAUCUUGAUGCAAUUUUACCGAGAACUAUUCAAUUGGCAUUGCACUCCAUUGACAGGCGUACCAGAAUAGUAGCAUGCGAAGUUCUGCAUUCUAUUACAAUUGUAAUGCUCGGAAAAACAAUGCAAUUUUUGUCAUCUAAUCCUAAUCUAUUACUGCCCGUUUUCAAAAAAAUUUGCCCAGCUAUACUAAAGCUUGGAUCAGACUCUGAUCAAGUUAUACAACAAUUAUUUUGUCCAUUGAUGAUACAGCUCACCCACUGGUAUAGUUCAAAAAUCAUGUCACGAUCAGCAGAAACUGAUUUUUUGAUUGAAAUACUUUUCGACUCGUUGACUUAUGAAUCGAAUAUGGCACUCAGUGAUUUCUCUGGUGUCUGUUUAGCGGAAUUCGUUAAAUGGUCGAUUAAGCAUUCCACAGAUGAUGAAUUACAAACAUCAUCGACUAACAUAGCAGUAAUUGUCGGUAAAAUAUCGAAUUUUGCAUUGCAUCCCUCUUCGGAAAAGAGAAUUGGAGCUGCUGUUGCAUUUAACUAUCUUUACAGAAUCUUACGUGAAAGCGAUGUGAUAGUCGACAUGUAUUGGUUAGAGUUGUUGUUCUACUUUAUUAAAAGUACAGAGGGAUGUAAUAACGAGCAAAUAUUGAAGUCCCUUAAACAUAUUGAGAAAGUAAUUGAUAAUAAGUACGAAGUUUUGAACACUCAAAAUUCCAAGCGGCGAAAACCUGCAGAAUUCAAAGGGACCUCACUUGAAGAUGCUGCCAAUUGGCUCUUGGUUCAGUGUGGAUCUGUAGACCACAUUUUCAGAUCGAAAAGCAUGGAACUUCUCCUAGUUAUAUCUAAAUAUAUACCUCGAUUUGGUUCUAUCCAAGAGCUCGUUUCAAAUUAUGUGAAAUGCAAUGGAAUGCUCGGAUUAAAUCAGAUUAUUUUGAAACAUCUACGCCCAAAGAUAGAAACCUUAUCAAUCGAGACCAUAAAACCACUUUUGAGAACAUUGAAUUGUUACAUUUGGCUUCUUGACAAUAGUCUGAUAGGUUUGGAAUUCUUACUGACUGAUAUAAAUGCAAACAAGGACAUGAUUUUCAAUUGUAUAAUUAAUUUCGUGUAUUUGAUAAACGUAAAACGUGAAAAAAAUGAGGAACCAUCAGAAACCACAAAUCAAAUUCAAGAACUUCAAGCAUUGCAAUGUGAAACCAUUCUUAAGAUAUUCGAUUUCACAUCGGUACUACUCAACAAACUGGGAACCCAAUCGAGUACAGGUUCAUCUUUACAUGUACCUACAUUUUACUGGAAUGACGAAUUAUUUUCAGUAAUAUUCGCAGCCAUUUUCAAACCUGAUACAAUUGGAUUUGACUUUGGAAACUUGGUCAUAAUGGAAGCUCUGCAAUUACGCAUUCAACAGUUGUUGAGUGUAUUAAUAGUGAAUUUGGACGACAAGUACAUUUCGCAACUCAGAGCUUUAAUUACAAUCGAGAUCCAAGGCAAAUACAAAGAUUUCAUAAACAUUAGGAUGUCAUCCAACACCAACGCAAUUAUCAAAUCAAGAAACUAUUUGAAAGGAUUAAUUAUGUUGCACACAAUAGACAAAUGUGGAAAAUUAUACAAUAAACCUUUUGAUAAUAUUGACCCAGCCAACAAAAUGAUAGAAAUUUUUGAUUCUCUGAAAAAAGAACGGUAUGGUCAAGAAAUUGCAGUAAAUGUGGAAUUAGAUGUAAAGGAAUACUUAGAACACUUGCUGGAAUACCUGUCCCUCAAAUUCGAACCAAGUAUGGUCAUAGCCUUGGUAAAUAUAGUCAACUCAAGAACAGAAUUAAUUCAUGAGAAUUCAACAACUGUACUCCACGGAGAAUAUUUCAUGAAUUUAUUUGGAUCUACGAUUUUUCGAAAUCUCUUGAAACACACAACCAGAAGCAUAGACACAUUAUUAAGCGAUUCAUUGAGGGGGGAGUUCAAAGUUGUUCUUGUAAUACUGGAAGACUUAUUGAUCUAUGUUAAGAAUAAUAAAAAAAGGUGCGAAGAAUUUCUGGAAAAUUUGGAAGAGGAACUUGUAAACAGAUUUCCUGUUUUUCGUUAUCUGACGAGUCACGAUGAAAAGAAGGUAAAGGUGAUAAACUUGUACGCGGUGCUAGUACAACUUUCAAAGAAACCAUCUGAGAUUUGCAAGAAAUCAAAUGCAUUAUAUUCCUGGAUAAUACAACAGCUGAUGAGCUAUUUGGAUUUACAAUAUAAAACCCAGAUCUUGACGAGCUUUUUACCUUGCAUCAUGGAUGAAACUACUCAAAAUCAACACGAAUUCACACGCUGCUUGUAUAAAAUAAAAGAUGAUUAUUAUCCAGCCAAUAUGAACGAUCUCGUGGAAGGUAGUUUGCAACAUUCUACAAUAAUUGCAUCAUUUCAAACGCUGUUGUACUAUUUACCAUCACUCAAAUCAGUCACAUUUUUUGAUUGUGUGAUGCACAUUACUAUUGGUCAUGUUGGAUAUCUCUGGGAUGAUUAUUCAUACAAAUACUUGACUGCCUACUUUAGUGAGAUAUCCGCGGAAGAUUCACAAAAAUCUCUGAUGAUUUUGCACAAAUAUUUUAUGAGUACAAGCAACUUUGAAUCGAGAUUAGAAAUCCUGAAGAAACUGCUUCUCAAGUGUAUUUAUUUCUGUAAGCCUAAUGCCAUCGAACAGUUUUAUGAACAAAUCAUCAAAGAAAUAUACAAGCUGAUAUCACAAAACCUUGCCGGUGAUGAUUCCGAUUUGAAGAAUUUAAUAGUUUCUAAGAUUGGGUGUUACAAUAUGCUCGAAAUUAUGUUUGCAAAAGUCCCACUACAGAAAAUAACCAGCGCCAAUAGUAAAAUCGUGGAAAAUGCGAUUGAAAAAGUAGAGACGGGUAAGGAAUUAUUUCAGGAACUGAUUGUGAAUGUCUUGGGUGUUCGAAAAUUGAAGUCGAGUAAUCCUGAUCACAAAGAAUUAAUGCGCCUCCUCCACUGCGCAGCAUACAAUUGCUCGAUAGCCAUUGUGAGUUUGAAAUGUGAAGAAAAUUUUUACAUUCUGCCAUUUGCCGAGAAUAAAUCAAAAGGCCAAUUGAUAUGGGAGAACAUUAUUGAUACAAAUAGAAAAUAUCAGUUUACGCAAGAUUUCAAAGAAAUACCCAAAGAACACAGGAAGUUAAUAAACAUUAAAAAACAGUCUAGUGUAAAUAAAAUACACAGUUAUUCAACUGUUGAGAGUUAUAACCUAAUUGCAUCAACAUUGAAUGAAGAUUUAUCCUGCUUUGAUUUGUAUCGAUCUGAUCUGAAAUCUAAUACCACUUCAGCAAGCGUAGACAAUGAAGACAUGAUGUCUCUGACCUUUGAGAUCGACGAUUUUAAUAACCAUGAAUGUAUGGCACCCAUAUGUGGACUUAUCACCCACAUGAUAUCAACAAACAUUUUCAAUUUACCAAAUGAUGGUGAUAAUAUAUCGAUGCCAAAGUGGAUGCAGUAUUUUCAUUCGUCUCUGAGUUCUGCAACGGUAUACAAUGUGAAGUUUUUUAUGGUCAAAAUUAUUAUAAAUUUACAGAAGGUGUUUAAGCCAUAUGGAAAAUCCUUUAUCGAUCCACUGUUGAAGUUUCUCAUUCUACACUUCCAAACUUAUCGCAUUAUGAAUUAUGUGAUCAAGGAUAUCCUAAUUUUGCUAGUGGACUGGCAGAGUAUAGCUAUUCCAUCCAGAAAUGGUGAAAAACGCUUAGCUCAGAAUUUGUUGGAAUUGAUAAUAAAAAAUGCGGAUAGUCAUCAAAGACACAUAUACAAAUACAAUAUUGAAUUAAUCAGCAUGAUUAUUGAAGCAUGGCAAUCUUGUUUAGAUGUUCCUGAAAAUAUUCUUCGUAUUUCAGAAACAUCCCCUAAAUUUAAAGUUCGAAUGAUCCUGAUUUUUCUGUACAACAAGAAACAAGAAUCAUUAGCAUCGAGAUCUGAGAUUUUGAUAUACUUGAACGAGUUAUUAGAAAACCAGGACGAAGAAAUUGUUUUACACGUGUGCAACGCAUUCGGAUUAAUUCUAGAUUAUUUUGAAUCUAUCGAUGAGAAUGAGAAAAAAGGUCAGAUCAUCAGUAAUAUACAAAGUUCAAUAAUCCAUAAAUCACAUGAAAAUCAUAACAAAUAUGUCAAAUGUAUCCACGCAAUACAUAAUUUCUAUCCAAAUAUUAUUAAUUAUUGUUUUCAAAACUUGACAUCCCACUUUUUCAAAGUUGACGUAUCUAAUAAAGGAAAAUGUCUUGAGCUAAUUUUAUCAGCCCUGCCAAAGUUCACUGAAACAGAAAUCAUGACAGAGUUAGGAUCCAUGAAGUUUCAAGAUAUCCUAAAAAAUAAAAUCGAAACCUGUCAAAACGUUGCUCUCAGAAUGGUUGGAAAAAUGCUGGAUAUUCUAAGUCCAUCAAACUACUUGCCAAUGGCUCGAUUAAUAGUUCCAUAUUCAAGAAAUGAUUCUACAGAGCAGAGAGAAAUAGUUAUGAACAUUUUUAUAGCUAUAUAUAAAAAGUACAACGAUAAUAUUGAAGACAAUAACGCAGUGAUGGAGUUGAAAGCUUUAAGCCAACGCACCUUAAUGAUGGGACUGUUGGACCCAAAUGAGACCUUACAGAAGAAACUUUUACAAUUUUGGUCGGAAGAUGGAAAUGUACCAGACAAGUGCAAUGAAAGGAUGCUACAAAUAUUCAAUAUGUAUGAUAUCGACCUGGAAUCAACGUAUUUACCAAUUGUAUCAUUGUUAAUGUUGCAUCUUGUUAGUAAAGACCCUGGAUUUGAAAAGAAGAUGUUUGAACCUUUAAGCAACUGCAGAUUCGAAGAUUAUCAAGUGACGAUACCACGACGCUCAGAGCACACCGGAUUAAUAGUACCACUAUUUACGUCAUCUUUCGUUAACCGUAUCAGCCAAUAUUAUUCACAGUCGAAUCCAAUAUUUACUCGUUUUAAUCAAUCUUUGAAUCAAAGUUUAUUUCUACUAGCUUCGCAAUCCUUACAGUUUAAGCAAACUGUAGGUGAAGAUGGAUCUUUUUCUAAUCCCUUUGGCGGAACUCCGAAUAACGAAUUGACUGACUCAAGAACAGAUGUUGAAAGAAUUCCACCACCUUCGAAAAAUAUAAAGUCUCGAAGGUUCUUACAAAACACCACGUAUGCAAACCACAAUUUUCGGCAGGUACCAAGUACAAAAGAUUCGCACCGAAACGAAAGGUUGAAGGGCGAAAUAGAUAACCAGCAGGGUAGCAUCAAAAUGUACAGAAAAUAUAGGAUCGGGGAUUUUCCAGACACUGAAAUUACACAUUCCAGUUUAAUAAAACCAUUGCAAGAAUUAGUCAAGAAUGAUCAAAUCAUUGCCAAAGAUUUAACAGUGGCAUUAUUUUGUUCGAUGUUGAAAGAAAUGUCGGUGGAUCAAAAAAAGGCAUUUCUUCAAAAACUUUCUCCAAGUUUGGAAGGCAUUCUCGAAAAUAGCCAGAGUUCUAAACCUCUUAUUGCAACUAUAUUCGAAAUAGUAUUGAAUUUGGAUGAAAUUCAGGUGAAUCCGAAUUUGAUAGCUAGAGUAUCAAAGUCUUCUGGACUAUUACCUCUGGGUGCACUUCUGUUGGAAGAAAAAAUUAUUCUUGGCGACAUGCAAGAAAAAACAGAACCUAUACCGAAAAGAUCCAAAUAUGAAGUUCAAAUUUGUGAUGCAGAGAACGACUGGCUGCAAUUAGCAAGUAUAUACAAAUGUAUGAAUGAUUAUGACAUCGUACAGAGUAUAUUCGGAUGUGAGAAAUUUGGAAAAGAAUUACAGGAAGCAUCUUUGGCCCAAGCUGCUGGCAACUGGAGCACAGCAAGGAUUUUUUAUGAAAACGCUUUUGAUAUAAAUGAAGGUCUGGUUAGAAGCUAUUGCCAAGAAUCAUUAUUCACAUGUCUAGCGUAUCUUUCGGAUUGGGGAAAAAUUAAUCAACUUAUCGAAAUAGAACUGGGUGGAAAUUUCGAUGCCCUUUGGCACGGGAGAAUAAACGAAAAUUGGAUGGCUUCUUGGGCAUUGCAAGCACAGAUCCAUAAAAUGGUAGAAAAUGAUCAUAGCGACGCUUUUGCAAAUUCUUUGACAGAUUGGGUGAAUACCAAGGACAAAUUGGUUCAAUUAAAAAAGUCUUACGGCGAAGAAACAGCAAUAUUUUAUAUCGCUCAAAAUCCAGAAUUUUCGGAGAACUGCUUGACGCAUGCUUUAGAGAACUUAAGAGAGCAAUGGCAACACUUAAAUCCACUGUAUUACGAACACAAGAUAACUAACUAUCUCAAAUUGCGAGGGUUGAGUGACAUAAAAACGUAUCUAAAAUGCAUCAAAGACAAAAAACAGCUCACCCAAAAUGUACAAUACAUACUUACCGCUUGGAAUAACAACAUGCCAUCAAAUCAGGAUAACCUACUGCUGUGGGACAAACAUAUUGCUUACAGAUUAUAUUUUCUUGGGUUAUUAAAACAACUGUUCGAAGCUCAAGAAUCAAAUGAAACAAAUCAAACGCUUGAAAAAUUGAAUAAUGCAAUUGUCAAACAUUGCUUAAAUGUCGUAAAUGCAGCAUACAGUCAGUGCAAUAGGAAUUUCAUGAAGAAAUAUUUAAAACAAUCCGAACCAUUCCAAACAGAUGACAAUUCAAGCCUUCACAAGGAAUGGCAGUGUACACUAGCGAUUUAUAAAUAUCUGUGCUAUUUAGAUUAUAAAACCCCAGAGAAGAAAGUCGAAGCUUUUGUUAAUUCUUGGGAAGUAUUACAUAAACUCGAUACUGACAAUUGCUGUGAUGCAAAAGUGCAAAUAGAUAUCAGACAGCAUAUCAGCAGCCUGGUGAUUGAGCUGCAAAAGUUAAUAAUCAAAGAUGAACCGAUCGGUAAAAUUUUACUGGGAAACCUACAAAAAUUGGAGUAUCUACCUAUCGUGUGCGAAAAAGAGAAUAUUGUCAAACAGUUGAGUGAUUACUGUUUGAAUAACAUGAAAAAAUGUUACGACUUGGCUGAUGCCAAACACAAAGCAAAGUGCUAUUUAACAGUUUCUGUGUAUUGUCAUUCUGUUGGUAGUUAUUCCGGAGGUACGCUGGAACUGUCUGAAGAAUUUGUGCACUCAACUCUCAGCGCAAUGAGCUAUGGUUCGCUUGAAGCCAGUCAAUACUUUCCGUGUUUGCUGAAUCUAGACUAUUCCCAAAACUCUAAUCUAAAACAAAUAUUUGAGUGUGUAAGUGCGAAAGUCGAGACAUGGAUGUUUCUCAAAUGGCAAGCGCAAGUGUUGUCAUAUGUUGGAACACCUAUAUGUUCGCUUAUUACUCCUUUAUUAUUGAGACUUGCCGAAAUGUAUCCCAAUUCCUUUAUUUACACUUUUCGAAUGGCAAAAAAAAUGAACAAAUCUUCUCUGAAUGAUCCAAUCAUUGAUAAGUUGACUCAAAUUCUCUCGGGAAACAAUGACUUGGAAUUAAUUCUGGAAGCCAUGGAAUACGUUGUACAACCCGAGCUAUACUUAAAGCAGCAUUUGAUUGAAUUGAAAGUCAACAUUAUGAAAAUCGAUGUUAAUGUGGCAAUAAAUAAUUUAUUAUCUACGAUUUAUCCAACCAUAAAAGACUCCAACAAAACUUUGCUCCGGGGAGAUGUCUACAAGGUCAUAGCUGGAUUUGAAAAAAAAAUAAAGGAACUUCCACAAAAGGAUGGUCAAGAAUUGUCGUUACAGAUUAAACGGAUAAUGAAAGACUUGGACAAAAUGCUUGAGUAUCGUAUAAAAAGUACCUGUAAGGUACCGCUCAGAUCUUACAGCCCAUUAUUGCAUGCAUUUAAUGGAGAGAACGUCGAAAUCCCAGGACAGUAUGCUGAUGAUAGAAGACCUACGCCUCAAUACCAUACACGAAUUGUAAAGAUAAAUCCCGAAGUGACAAUUUUGACAUCACUCCGUAAACCGAUCAAGAUUAGUAUACUAGGUAACAAUGGAAAGAAUUUCGACUUUCUCGUUAAAUUUGGUGAAGAUCUAAGAACAGACGAAAGAAUAGAGCAACUAUUUAUGUUGAUGAACAAAAUUUUACAAACAGACACAGCUUGUAGGCAACGUCAGUUAUCUAUUAAGACUUACCUACCGUUUCCCUUGACCGGUUUGCUUGGACUGAUUCAAUGGGUCAAAACAACCAGCUCGUUGAACGAGAUUAUUGACGCGGUACUAACGGACCAUCAAAGAACAGAACGAGAAAAAAUUCGGAGGUCCUACGAAGAAUGGAUGAGUGAUCCUCGUAGUAAAAAAUACAGCAGACAGGAAGUUACAGAAAAAUUUAAUUACUACAAAAACAGAAUUGACUGGGACAUCCUCCGGAAUGCAUUCAAAAGAUUGAGUUCGUCAUCUGAGACUUUUUUCGCACUGCGUUACAACUUCAUCACUUCUUAUGCAACAAUGUGCAUCGCUCAAUGGAUCUUGGGAAUUGGUGAUAGAAACCUAUCUAACACUUUGAUAUCUUGUGCGUCAGGAAAAGCAUUAGGCAUCGAUUUUGGAUAUAGUUUUGAUGCUGCAGUAGAUUCAUCAGUACCAGAACUAAUGCCAUUCAGAUUGACUCCUCAAAUUCUUGGGCUUUUACAACCAUUCAAUGAAAACGGAUUAUUAAAAAUUACAAUGAUGAAUGUUUUACGGGCAUUAAAAUACGGAAAAGACCCACUUCUUGCGUGCAUGGAUAUUUUCAUAAAAGAACCAUCGUUGAAUUGGUUGGCAAGGCAGAAAACACAGGAUAAAGAAUAUACAGAUUCAGAUGUCACGUGGUACCCAAAGAAGAAGAUAAGCAUCGUGAUGGAUAAAUUAAAUGGAGUUAAACCAUCUAAGCUUACUCUCCUACAGAUAAAGGAGCGAUAUGGGACUACAGAAUAUUUUAACGAAUACAUUGAUAUUGUAAAUGGUACUGACAAUGGUUUGCAAACAAGAGUACGAUCGAAGAAGGAUGAUGAAAAUUUGAACAUCGAGAAACAGGUCGAAUGCUUAUUGGACCAGGCCACGGAUCCUAAUAUCUUGGCUCGUACAUUUUAUGGUUGGGAACCGUGGAUGUGAUUGAUUUACUGCAUACCUCAUUGCGUAUUUUGCGACUGCCUGAACCCCUUUAUCUGCGUUGAGAAAAAGUUGCAGACCUUUAGGGAAACAAAAGCAGGUUGUUUUUCAACCCGCUUCAGUUUGUUAUGAAUGUACCACAGGUCGCUGGGUACUGUUAACAAAGAUCCAGGCAUAGAUGUUGAAAAACUUGACUAUUGUCAAUAUGUCAUUUACAUACGAAAAUCAUGUUUUCGUUCAUGUAAUCGACCUUAUUAUAGGCUACUACAGAUUAAUACUUUAAUAUUGAAUG